AUGCAUUCAGAUGUUCUAUUUGUCAGUGGCAAUGUCAUUAAUCAUCCGGUAUUAACUUCAGUUCAUGCGCAAAUGCGAGCAAUUUACAACCUCACUAGUCUAGCUGCCAUAAAUGGCGAAGAUCCAUAUUGUCUUUGGGAUAGUUCUCACUGUGGAAUUGUGCAGCACGAAUCAUUUUUCAAGCGGUUCCAUGAGAAUUCGUUAGAAGCUUACAUGUUUACUUAUUGGGAUUUUAAUUGGCGAAAUGAAUAUCCACGCUGGUCUAUUAAUUUUAUUCUAUUUCAAGGAAAAGAUGUAGCCACUGUUCAACCAGGCGAUGAUGAACAUCAGAUAUCAAUUGAAAUUCCGAAGAGAGAAAAGAAACAUUCUAUCGCUGUUGGUAAAGCAUUAGUCGCUCAUUUUGCGUACAUGCCACAACGACGUAGAGAUGAAACAACAACACAAGGAAGCGUUUCAAUUAUUUCAACAAGCGAAAAUGGUAACUAUAAAGCUAGUGAAAAGUUAACAAUGUACUAUUUCCAUCAUUUUUAA